AUGAAUGGACAGCCGCCACAGCAACGUCAACCACAAAAUGAAUUGGUAGCCUUUUAUAAAGAAAUACCAAUAUGUACAAGAUUUUUAUUUACAAGUUAUCUUGUGAUAACAGUAUUGGGUAAUAUAGGUCCAAUUAGCCCAUAUUAUUUCUUUUUUCUUCCUGAAUACACCUUUGGUCAUUUCCAGAUAUGGAGACUUUUCACGUCAUUUUUCUUUUACUCUUUUAAUUUCAAUGGAGCAAUUCAAUUAUACUUUUUAUAUCGAUACUCUAAAGAGGUAGAAACCGAAAAGUUUCUGGGGAUCACUGCGGAUUAUGUUUUCUUCCUUUUAUUUGAAGCUUUGACAAUACUCAUAAUAGGAGGAAUGAUUAAGGGAUUGGUAUUAUUCAAUCAAAGUUUGGUAAUGGCAAUUAUAUAUAUAUGGGCUCAAUUAUUCAAGGACGCUAUAGUAACUUUUAUGUUUGGUCUAAGAUUCAAGGGAGUAUAUUUACCGUUUGUGUUAUUGGCAUUUGAAGCAUUACAAAUGGGUGGGGGCUUGCCGUGGGCAUCAAUAAUAGGAAUCAUCACAGGUCAUAUAUAUUAUUAUCUAAAAGAAAUAUAUCCUGCGAGUGGUGGUACAAGAUUUCUAAACACCCCACAAUGGUUAUAUAAUUGGUUUCCUGUCAAUCGUGCUGGAUUACGAACCUCAUUUGGUGUUGUCCUAAAUCCCGGCGGGAGAGCUCAACAACAAAGUUCAACUGACGGAACAAGACAUAGUUGGGGUAGAGGUCAGAGAUUAGGAUCAUAA